AUGGAUACUCCUCCUGAAAAGAAGAUCUUCGACGAAACAGUCAGUCCUGAAGCUGUUCGCUCAUACUCGAUCCAUGAAGCUCCGCUUGACGCCACCCCAAAGUCGAGAUGGGAACGCACAUGGCCUGUCAUGGCCUGCGGUGCAGGAUUGUUCUCUGACGGUUAUCUCAAUGGCGUCAUCGGUUCGGUCAACACCAUGCUCAAGACAAUCUACAAGGACGAGUACACCAAAUCCGACGCCCAGAAUAAUGUUGCCUCGAUCGCCUUCGCUGGCACCGUUGUUGGCCAGCUGGUCUUUGGUUACCUAUCCGACCACUGGUCUCGCAGACACUCACUCCUCAUUUCCACCAUCAUCCUGAUCGUCUUUGCUGCAUUGGGCGCAGGCUCCUACGGCGCAGGUGGCAGCAUUCAAGGUCUCUUUGCCGCAUUGGCUGCCUAUCGUUUCCUUCUCGGUAUUGGCAUUGGAGGGGAGUACCCUGCCGGCUCAGUUGCGUGUGCGGAGAGCACCGGUGAACUCAAGAACGGCCACCGGAACCGAUGGUUCAUUUGCUUCACAAAUCUAGCCAUUGACGUUGGUUUUGUCGUCGCGGCCUUUGUCCCCAUGAUCUUGGCCCUGAUCUUCACCGACCAACAUCUCCGCGCUGCGUGGCGUAUCGCGCUGGGCUUGGGCGUCAUUCCUCCCUUGUCACUUCUCUGGCUGCGAAUCAAACUGCAAGAACCCGAAGAAUACAACCGCAACAAGAUGAACCACUAUCCAUACUGGCUAAUUUUGAAGUUCUACUGGUGGCGCCUGAUCCUCGUCUCGCUGAUCUGGUUCAUCUAUGACUUCUCUGCCUACUCCUUCAGCAUCUACUCUUCCGCGUGGCUGGCCUUUUUGCUCCCUUCCGACGCGCCCCUCUGGAAAUCUUUCGGCUGGAACACCGUCAUCAAUCUGUUCUACGUCCCCGGUGCCGUCAUUGGCGCCUUCCUUUCGGACUGGAUCGGCCCCAAGUACUGCCUUGUCACUGGUGUGAUGCUGCAGGGUAUCGUCGGCUUCAUCAUGACCGCCAUCUACAAGCACCUCGACCAAGCCUCCCAGGUCGGCGGCUUCGUCGUCAUGUACGGCAUCUUCCUGGCACUGGGCGAGAUUGGUCCCGGGGACAACAUCGGCCUGGUCGCCUCCAAGACCUCGGCGACCUCGGUUCGUGGUAUGUACUAUGGGAUCGCCGCCGCGUGCGGCAAGAUCGGCGCUUUUGUUGGCAAUUACAUCUUCCCGGACAUCAUCAAGGCCGCGGGCGACAACGUCAUCAAGCAGGGACAAUACCCCUUCUACGUGUCCAGCGCCCUGUGCAUCUUUUCGGGUCUCAUCGCCCUGGUCUUCCUGCCCAACAUCGGCCAGGACACGAUCACCAAGGAGGACGAGCGCUUCCGGGACUACCUGAUCAGCAAGGGCUAUGAUAUCUCCACCCUCGGCACCAAGAAGUACCACGAAGAGAAGGCUGUGGCUGUUGAAAGGCCACGAGAGCUGUAA